AUGGCUGGGGACGACACCCAAAACAACAACCAAGACACCUAUCCCACCCACCACAACCACAACCACAACCACAACCAACACCACCACCAUCACCAUCACUACCACGGCUGGCCCGAAGAUGACAAUCCCUUCGUCGCGAUCCGGCGCUUCGCCGACGAACAGAUCUCCUCCGUGCUGCAGUCCGUAACCGGUCUUCCCUCGUCCAUCAACCCUUCCUCGGAUCGCUGGGCCAUCUUCGACGACCGCCCGCGCGACAACCCUCAUAGCACCAGCAGCCAGGAAGACAGCGACUGGGACCAUCCCGCGACCGUCGCGGCGCACCACCACCACUUCUACCCGCGCAACUACCGCAGCGACGCCGACUUCUUCUUCAACUCCUUCUUCGACCGAUUCUGGCUGGACGCGGACAAUGACGACGACGAUUUGGGGCCAUCGCGGCGACUCCUCUUCCAGCCCUUCCCACACCGGCCCAUGCUGCACAACCUCAUGAGCGACGCCUCGCCCGCCUGGCCCGUGCCCUACCUGAUGUUCAGCCCGUACUCGCCGCUGCAUCUCGAGCGGCGGCGCGACCGCGGUGAUAACAGCCCGGGGGUGUUUUCGUCGCUGAUGUCGUCGCUGAGUCUCUCCGAGGGUGAUGAUGCAGCUGCGGAGCCGGAGUUGGAGCCGGAGCCGCGGUGGCGCGAGGCAUUCGAGGAUCUUCUGCGGCUGGAGAACGGGAAGCCCAUGCUCGAGCGGGAGGACAUCACUAGCACAAAGAGAGCGACCCGUGAAUCCGGAACGGAUUGGCUGCAGGGUCUCGUGAAGCGGGGUAGUCUCGGCGACCGGUGGAAGUACGUUUCCGGUGGUUCUGGCGGUGGUCAGCCGUCGUGGUCGACGAUCACCUUCGACAACUCGCAACUCUUGCAAGACGAUAACAUCCCGACGAAGAAGGCAGAGGUCAUCGACACGGAGGACCUUGCCCAGCCGGCUGGCGGGGCCGACGCGCUCACGGAGCAGGAUCUGUACGACCGGUUCCUGGAUGAUCUCCAGGCCCGCGAGCAGGCGUUUGCCCGCGAGAUCCACGAGAGCCCCCUGCUGCGCUUGUUGCUGGACGACCGCCGCCGCUUCAGGGAGUUGGCGCCGCGCGAGGGGUUUUUUGGUCAGCAGCAGCAGCAGCAGGCUGACCAAACUACCCCUAAGGAAAGUGAGAGUGAAACUGCACACAAACCAUACGUGAUCGCCACGCAGACCCGCACCGAGCGCGUCCGCCUCCCCGACGGCGCUAUUCAGACCAAGACGAUUCGCAAAAAGCGGUUCUCCGAUGGUCGCGAGGAGACGAAUGAGUCGGUUGACGUCGUGAAUCCGCGGCAGGGCGAGCAGCCACCACAGUCAGAUGGGGAUGGUGGCGCCGACCAGAGCAAGGGCGGUUGGUUCUGGAAGGGCUAG